AUGGCUGCCGUUAAGAACACUGCUCACACUUUUAUCCUCAACACGGGCGACAAGAUUCCCGCCAUCGGCCUCGGCACCUGGCAGGUCAAAUCGCCGAACGCGAUCGAGGUUGCACUGAAGGCCGGCUACCGCCAUAUCGACACGGCCUCAGCGUACGGUAACGAGACCGAGGUUGGUGCUGGUAUCAAGGCCUCGGGCGUGCCUCGGGACCAAAUUUGGCUCACCACCAAGCUCUCUAACGAAGACCACAAGCGAGUCGCCGAGGCGCUCGACGAGUCUCUCGCUAAGCUCGGUGUCGACUAUGUCAAUUUAUACCUGAUGCAUUGGCCUGUCUCGGUGAUUCCUGGCCAACAGGCCGUCUUUGAUGACUGGAACUUUAUUGACACCUGGCGCGAGAUGCAAAAGUUAGUCGAUACUGGUAAGGUCAAGAACAUUGGCGUUUCCAAUUUUACUAUCAAACACCUCGAGACUCUUUUGAACGAUGCUAGCUGCAAGAUUGUACCUACCGUUAAUCAGGUUGAACUACAUCCAUGCAACCCCUCGCCUAAGCUUAUCAGCUACGCCACGUCCAAGGGCAUUCACAGCACCGCCUACUCGUGCCUAGGCUCGACGAACUCGCCGCUUUACGCUAAUAAAAAGCUCAAGGCGCUAGCCGACGCCAAGAACAAGACAAUCCAGCAGGUGCUCCUCGUCUGGGGCAUCCAAAAGGGCUGGAGUGUCAUCCCUAAGAGCGCUACGCCGGCCCGCAUUAAGGACAACUUUGAUAUUGACGGCUGGAGCCUGACCGAGGAUGAGGUCAAGGCAAUCGAUGGGGUAACCGAGCGCUUCAAGAUCUUCACUGACGAUUCGUUGCCCGUCAAGGUUUUCUUUGGCGAUGAAGAGUAA